UGGAAACGGGCGGCGCUGGUCCUCCAUCAAGCAUCCGGACGCCAAACUUCCCCGAAAUCCUCGCAGCCGGGGGAGACCACCAGAUACCUUCGGUUGGACGAGUCGCUAAAUAGGCGAAAAACCGUUUUUACAUGCGCAGCCCCACCGACGACCGCCAUCCGCUGGCCAACAUCCUCCCAGGACUCAGCUCGCCCUCCUUUGGUCCCAAGACUAAUUUUUGUACCUUCAGAAGGGUCGAGGUUAUUAUCAUCAUUAUUCUUUUACUCGGUUUAGUGGGAUUUCCCCACCCCCCAAAAAUAGCUAAAUAAAGCCUGCGAGGAUGAUCUGUCAAGAUUUCUCUCCGUGAUGCACCCUGGAUUUGUUAGGCAGGAAAGAACUUUCUAUCCCACCAGCAGCUUCCCACCCAAAGCAUGGAGCCCUAAGAUGGAAUAAAGGAGAGCAGAAGAAGAGAGACCCGUUUGCCCUUCAGCGUUUUCCUCCAUCCUGCGUGGAGAGGCUGCUUGUGGGAGAAGCAGGGUCCUCCCGGACAGACACAGGAAGGCAGCCCAGGGUUGGCUGGCUGGGGUGGAGGGUGGGCUUUUCUCUCUGCCCCCCCCCCUCCAACCUGCACCAUCCAGGCUGAAGCGGAUGCCCGGGAGAGAAGAAUCCGACUCCAUGAUCUGUCCUUUCGCUCUCCCUUUCCUUUUUUCUUCGCGGAGCUAGGGUCCAUGUCUUCGGGGCCAUAAAGGCGCAACCCUCGGGGGUUGUUGGAGACGUUGGGAUAGUCCUGCCGGCCACAAGAUUAAAGGGACGGAUCACGUACUGGGGAAGGAAGGGGAAGCAAGACCUGGUCGCCUGGUGGAUGUGGGGAGGGUGGGUGGCGGUUGGGAUGAUCAAGUUGAAAAAUGAUCAGGACUGCUGAGCCACUCUGGAAUUGAUCGCCCAGCCCCUCAUCCACCCCGAUCGCUCCUCCAGCAAAGAAAGGGGGGAAGGAGACCCCCCCCAACAGACACACACGCGCACACCCCAACCACCCCUCAGCCCUCUCUAGGGUGUGAUUGUCGCGGGACCUCCUUCUCCUGGUUGCAUCUUCCUCCUCCAUGAGCCCGGGGUGAACAGGUGCCCCGGUCCGCUUUGGGGGUGUGUGUCUCGCCAGAGGACGAUGGAGAGCGGCGACCGGGACAUGUACCGCCAGUUCCAGGACUGGUGCCUCCGGACUUACGGGGACUCUGGCAAAACCAAGACGGUGACCCGCAAGAAAUACGAGCGGAUUGUCCAGCUGCUGAACGGCUCCGAGAGCAGCUCCACGGAUAACGCCAAAUUCAAAUUCUGGGUCAAAUCCAAAGGCUUCCAGCUCGGCCAUCCGGACGAGGUCAGCGGGGCUGGCGCUGGUGGCGGCGGCGGAGGGAAGCAAGUGCUCUACGUGCCGGUCAAGACCACGGAUGGAGUUGGCGUAGAUGAGAAACUGUCUUUAAGACAGGUAGCUGUUGUUGAAGAUUUCUUUGACAUAAUCUACUCCAUGCAUGUGGAAACGGGGCCCAAUGGAGAACAAAUCAGAAAACAUGCAGGACAAAAAAGAACUUAUAAAGCAAUUUCAGAGACCUAUGCCUUUCUACCAAGAGAAGCGGUGACACGAUUUCUAAUGAGCUGCUCUGAGUGCCAGAAAAGAAUGCAUUUAAACCCAGAUGGAGCAGAUCACAAAGAUAAUGGGAAGCCCCCAACUUUGGUUACCAGCAUGAUUGAUUACAACAUGCCAAUCACAAUGGCCUACAUGAAGCACAUGAAGCUACAGUUAUUAAAUUCCCAGCAAGAUGAGGAUGAAAGCUCUAUAGAAAGUGAUGAAUUUGAUCUGAGUGACUCCACCAGGAUGUCUGCUGUGAACUCUGACCUCAGUUCAAAUCUCGAAGAAAGAAUUCAAAGUCCGCAGAAUCUCCAGGGCCAGCAAGAUGAUGAUUCAGCUGCAGAGAGUUUUAACGGCAAUGAGACUGCAGGACAAAGUUCCAAUGCUUCAGGGGGAACACACUGCAGGGAAGUGGCAGAAGCCAACAGUAAUGGCAAAGCACCUCUGGAACCGGAUGAACAGCCGCUGAAUCUAAGUGACAGUCCCUUCUCUGCUCAGCUCACGUCAGAAUACAGGUUAGAUGACCAAAGCAGUGAUGGAAAGAACAAGUACAAGAACAUCCUAGUAUCUGAUCUUAAGAUGGAGCAAGAGGCAAAAGAAAAUGGAAGCAAGUCACCUGCCCAUAGCUAUUCAAGCUAUGAUUCUGGCAAGAAUGAAAGCAUGGACAGAGGUGCAGAAGACCUCUCCCUGAACCGUGGAGAAGAGGAUGAGGAUGAUCAUGAUGAACAUGAAGAUGCUGAGAAGGCCAAUGAGUCAGAUGGCGUAGAAGCUGAGCGUCUGAAAGCCUUUAAUAUGUUUGUCAGGCUGUUUGUAGAUGAAAACUUGGACCGAAUGGUCCCAAUCUCUAAGCAGCCCAAAGAAAAGAUCCAGGCUAUCAUUGACUCAUGCAGGCGACAAUUCCCUGAGUACCAAGAGCGUGCCAGAAAGCGUAUACGUACUUACCUCAAGUCCUGCAGGCGGAUGAAAAGGAGUGGUUUUGAGAUGUCACGGCCUAUUCCCUCACACCUUACUUCAGCAGUAGCAGAGAGUAUCCUGGCUUCAGCCUGUGAAAGCGAAAGCAGAAAUGCUGCGAAAAGAAUGCGCUUGGAUCGACAGCAGGAUGAGACUACUCCAGCUGACAAACCAUAUAAACAGGAACCAACCCAGGUCACUUACUCAACCUCAGCUGUUUCCAGCACACAGGAGGUGUUGUACAUAAAUGGAAAUGGGACCUACAGUUACCAUAGUUACAGAGGGUUAGGAGGAGGUUUGCUAAAUCUCAGCGAUGCUUCUACCAGCGGUCCAACUGAUCUCAGUAUGAAAAGACAGUUAGCAACCACUUCUGGAUCUUCCAGCAGUAGCAGUUCCAGACCUCAGCUGAGUCCAACUGAAAUCAAUGCAGUACGGCAACUGGUUGCGGGAUACCGAGAAUCAGCUGCAUUUUUAUUGCGUUCUGCAGAUGAACUGGAAAACCUUAUUUUGCAGCAGAACUGAGACAUCAGCAUCCUGCUGACCUAGUUUUAUCACAGAAUUUCCACUAAUGACAUUUUGAUCUCCCAGAGCAGAUCUUUCAAUUACUGCACAGUCUUGUUGACGAGUUGAUUACCAUAAUGCCACAUUGUUCUUGGUGUUCUUGGUGUGUUGGGGUUCUUCAAGUGAACUUGGACCUCUGAUAUCUCUGAGGUAUUUUUAAUAUAUCCAGCCUAUUGCUUUAUGUUUGUUUGUUUUUGUGUAUCAGCAUCAACAGCAAAAAGUGGCUAAAAUGCUAAACUCGUUCCAACACGGAUGGAAGUAGAAGAAGCUGGGGGUCCAAAAUUGGUCCAAAAUCCAAGUGCAAUAUUAGUGGAAUGUGCUAUUGACUCAGUGGACUCAAAGCUGCAUUAUAUGGCAAAAUGUUGCCAAAUGCCCUGUUGUUAACAGGAUGCAAUUGCAAUGAAAAGGAUCUUGUAUUUUAAAGAAAAUGUAAUUUUUAUAGGAAAAAAAACAAGACAAAAAUGUUGCUUCUCAUUCUAAAUUGAUCAUUUUUACUUUGGUAAAUUUUUCACUGAUUUUUCAAAUAAUGUUUUGAGGAGUUAUUGUUAAGUCCUCUUCUCUGAAAUCUCUGUCCCCCUCUCCAAUCCACAUCUGUUCUACAGCAAGUACCUUUUCGUGCUGGGCAGCCCAUUCCCUGGUGGAUCCCAAUAUAAAUAUCUCUGGAAUGACUUCCCAAGGAAGUAGACAGUUCCUGAACUUAAACCAUUUUUGCCUCCAUUUCAUAAUGAGUUGCAGCUUUAUUAGCAAUUAAUAAAGAUGUGAGGGUUGUUUUUAAAAAAAGACAUAUCAUUUUUAAAAAUUUCUUUUUUUAAAAGUGGUUUCCUACAAGCUAGCUCACUUAACUCCAGGAUUGCUGCUGCUGCUGUCUUGUACAAGUCCUUCUAGUAGUGAGUGGAUGUGGAUGAUUGAAUGUGAAGAGGUUGCAAGUGACAAUCGGAAAAUUUGCACUCUUGUGUGUAUUUAUUUCUUUAUUUCUUUUUAAAUGAAUACAUAACUGAAAAGGGCCAUUGACACUUCUGAUGUGAUUUUAUAAUGUUAACACUGAACUAAAAACUGUACAAAAAUUGUAAAGGAUGCAGCUGCCACUUAAGCAAAGUCCCCUUCUCCUGAUUUCCCCCAACCCCUAAUUUCUUAUUUUAUGAUGUCAAAUACACAUCAAUUGUGUUUUUGUUGUGAGCUAAGGAAAGCUUAUUUUUAUGUAUUUAGAGAAAAGUAUUUCAGUUCUUGCUUAUUGUAAUAUCUGUUCUGAUGUUUAGCUUUUGUUAAAUAACAAGUUUCUUGUGCAUUCCUGAAUUUGCCUUAUUUUGUGUACAAUUUUUUAUGUAAUUUGGUUUUUGACAAUGAGUUUAAGGCAUCAGUGAUAUUUUCUAUCUACUUGUUACAUAUAGUUUUUCAAGUAAUGACUGUGAUUGUGACAAAGUAAUGUGCACUUUUUCUUGUAACUGUGGACAUUGCUAUGCUUUUUUCCCUUUAGUGUUUCUAGAAUUACUGUUGCUUACAGUUAUGUUUUAAAAAAAAAAACUUUUGUGAUACUGUUGGUGAAUAUCAAUGUGAAAAAGCCUAUGGAAAUGAGUGUUUUGGAGAUAUCUAAACACACAAAUCUUUCUUUUAAGUUGUGGACUUUGAGUUCACAAAUUUAAAUGAAUUUUUUU